AUGGCAGAAAUUUUCUUCGAAGAACAGCUCAUUCAACGUGCUCUUUUCCCUGCCUUGGAUAACACAUUUGGUGUGCUGUACCUCGGUGUAACUGCUGCUGCACUUCUAUGGGGAGUUGGAACCUCGCAAACAUAUUGGUAUCUCUCCCGGUACCCCAUGGAUCCCCCUCUCUGGCGGGUAUCGGUUGUCGUGUUGUGGAUAUUGAACACCACCCACCAGGUGAUGAUAACUCAUAUUGUUUAUCACUAUCUGGUCACGAACUAUUUCAACCCUGCACAGCUACUAGUCAGGAUAUGGAGUCUUCCGCUUCAAGCAGUACUUCAGCAUACCGCUGCUCUCAUCUCCCAGUUCUUUUUCCUCGUGCAAAUUUGGCGUUUGAGUAAGGGUAGAUGGUACCUGGUUAUUGCUCCAAUCCUUUUCAUGUUCAGCACGGUAGGGGUUGGGAUGGUUUGGGUGGCAAAAGUAAUGUCAACCAAGCAGAUCCAGGUCGCCCUCAGAGAAUACGGCGUUUUUUCCGAAGUGGCUAGCGCGGGUUUAGCACUUGCAAAUAUCUCUCUGGCAGCAACCAUCGUAUACCUCCUCCAUACUGCCCGCACUGGAGCAAGGAAGUCGGACGGUGUGCUCACCCGAAUCAUGAUUUAUACCAUAAAUACGGGUGCCGUAACCUCCAUCUGCUCUAUCUUGUCCGUGGCAACCGCUAUUGCCCUUCCGAAUGCGUUCUUUUUGGGGCAUUUUAUUUCCUCGCCGGUCGACUGUGAGCUAAAAUCCGUUACCGAACCCUCGAGUGCUGCUGACACCCUCCGCUCCUUGCCUCUUAUAGGUAUCUCAACACCAUGCUGGCGUCCUUGA